AUGUCGCAGGCCGGGCCGUGCGCGCCGCCCGCGGACGCGGACGCGGACGAGUGCCUGGGCGAGUACCGGCACCUCUUCAGCGCCGACAUCCUGGCCGGCCAGGUCGCCUUCAUCACCGGCGGCGGCUCCGGCAUCGGCUUCCGCAUCGCGGAGAUCUUCAUGAGGCAUGGCUGCCACACGGUCAUUGCGAGUCGGAGCUUGGAGCGGGUGCUGCAGGCCUCAAAAAAGCUGGUGGCAGCCACGGGCCAGCGAUGUCUGCCUCUGUCCCUAGACGUCAGGCAGCCCCAGACCAUUGUGGCAGCAGUGGACGAGGCGCUGAAGGAGUUUGAGCGGAUUGACAUCCUUAUAAACGGUGCUGCAGGAAAUUUCCUGUGCCCGGCCAGCGCCCUGUCCUUCAACGCCUUCAAGACAGUGAUGGAUAUCGACACCAUCGGCACCUUCAACACCUCCAAAGUGCUCUUUGAGAAAUGCUUCCGGGACCGUGGUGGGGUCAUCGUUAACAUCACAGCGACCCUGAGCUACCGAGGACAGGCCCUCCAGGUGCACGCCGGCUCUGCCAAGGCUGCUAUAGACGCUAUGACCCGGCACCUUGCUGUGGAGUGGGGACCCAACAAUAUCCGAGUGAACAGCCUGGCACCAGGCCCUAUCACAGGCACCGAGGGCUUCCGACGGCUGGGUGGGAAGUUUGCCGAGGAAGCAAGCCACUUCGAGAUGAUCCCCCUCCAGCGUGCAGGGAACAAGACGGAGAUCGCGCACGGCGUGCUGUACCUGGCGAGUCCCCUCUCCUCCUACGUGACAGGCACCACCCUGGUUGUGGAUGGGGGCAGCUGGCUGACCUCUGCCAACAGCUUCUCUGCCUUGCUGGAUGUCUGGGCUGCAGGAGCAAACACUAAUCAGUGAUGGACAGCCUGAGAUGGACUGAUGGACAGGAGUAUGACCGAAUGCUACUGCUCUGGGACGUCGUGAGGUCACCUGGAGUUGGAGGCGUUACCUCUCUGACAAGCGACUGGUGAUGGUGACGCUGCUGAUCCUGUGUGUGCCUGAGGGAGGGAGCAGCAGGAAUGCCGGGAGAGGGGCAAACCUUACCCCAAUUCUGUGCUAUUGUUUCCAUCCAAGCUGAUAUAGUUGAGGCCACAAGGAUAGCUAGGGGUGCGCAGGCUGUGACAGGCACUGUCCAGUUUGUGUCCCCUUCAAUCUGAUUUCCUGGCCUUUCCCAGCUCUCCAGCAGGAUCUCCAUCCCCUUCCCGUCUCUAUCCUGUGUCAGAGAGCUGUCCGUGCUAUCCGGUAGCACCCCCUCUUUGGGAGGGGAUGCCCUUCAGCCCUUCCUGGGUUGAGCAAAGCCGUGUAAUUCCUCAUGUCGCUGCUAACCGUCCUGUCUGUGCCUUGUCCUUCUGCGGGGAUGAGGGUAGCCUUGGUGCUCGGAGCAUCCCUUGCUGUGUCACAGGCGCUGGUGGCUCUCCGAGGGCAGGCGGGGACCGAGCCACUUCCUGGCCCCUGGUGGGAGCAGAAAUGGCUUCGUAACCUCCUGUGCUCUAGGCCAAGAGCAGGUUCCUCCAUAAGGCAGUGGUCUCUGGGGGUUGGCCGUUAUCCCAGGAGCAGCGAUGGGGAGCAGAGGCCAGUGCCAAGCAGAGCACGUACCGCUGGGCGGACCGUAGCUCUAUGAGAGCCCGAGAUGUCCAGCUUGUUGCCAGCCUGGUCUGUCUGUCACGCCCCUCUCAUGCUGUCCGCUGUAAUGCACUACAGAUGAGGGCAAAUCAAGCACACGCUGAGGUCUAGCUGAAAUUCAGGCCCUUCCGAACUGGCUGCUGAGCUCACGAGCUGCAGGGGACCGCAGCAGUCCUGCGCUGGGCUGCUGGCAGCGAAGCCGUGCCCUGGGCUGGAGCCCCCGUGCUCCGUGGGCGCCCGCAGCUCCGCUCUGCAGUGUUCGGGGUCCUGCUGUGGACAAUUCUGAAGCUUCUCUACAAUUCUGUGAAGUCGAUUUAACAAAACUGCAUUUCCUACUUGAUUGUAGA